AGUGCCUUAGUUUCUCAAGUAACAGAAAGACUUGUCCUCUCAGGAACACAUGGAUUCUUUAGAUUUCUCCAAAAGCCCACAGAUCUUUGGUUGGACUACUUCCCUGACUCCAUGAUAGGGGGUAUGCUGUGACUCUGUCUGGUGGACGCCUUACCAGGUGGGGAUGUCUGAGGAAAAUUUGGGAGAAGACUCGGCCAGCUCCCCUGUCUCUCCUGUGGACAGUGUGAGCAACAGCGAGGGGGAGCUGGACAGACCGCCGAAGAGAUGUGGGAGGAAGAGGAGACCGAGCAGGAAAAACGGGGAGGACUCAGAUAGCCCGACCCCUGGGAAAAGAGGGAAGAAGUCCAGCAGCAGCAGCCCGCAGUCUUUCGAGGAGCUCCAGUCGCAGCGCGUCAUGGCCAACGUCCGGGAGCGUCAGCGGACGCAGUCUCUCAACGAGGCGUUCGCGGCUUUGCGCAAAAUUAUCCCCACUUUGCCCUCCGACAAACUCAGCAAAAUACAGACUUUAAAGUUGGCAGCCAGAUACAUCGACUUCCUUUGCCAGGUGCUGCAGAGCGACGAGCUGGACUCCAAGUUGUCAAGCUGCAGUUAUGUGGCGCACGAGAGGCUGAGCUACGCCUUCUCCGUGUGGAGGAUGGAGGGCGCCUGGUCCAUGUCAACAUCUCACUAGCACCAGGAGAAAUCCUACCCAACAUGGUGACUGCUGAAUUUAUUUCCUGAAGGAACAACCUGGAGUCCAAUGCUGGAUACAUGGGAUCACUGCCACAGACGACUGAAGCUCUGCGUGGGGAUCUUUUUUAUAUAAGAGGCCCGACAGCCUUGCGUCAGCUCCCAGUUCCCCACUCUGAUGAGUUUUCAUGCUGUUGACGAAGAAUGUUAAAGAAGAAUCUUUUUUGUGGUGUUUUUCUCUUUUUUUUCUCAAAAAAAUCUUUGUUUAAAUGCAUGCAUUAGACUUUUCUCUGUGGUCAAAGUGCAUCAUUGACGUCUCAGUAUUUCUUCAGCCUGGCUGGAGGUUGAUUUCGUGGAUCUAACCUGUGCAAAAAGAAAAAAAAGAGAAAAGUAUUUUCAGAAUACACUUAUUUAUUUAUUGAGGAAGCGUGGAGGAAUAGAUCCUGUGUCUGGAAAAAUGUCAUUCCUAUUUUUUUUAUAAUCGCUUCUUUUAUAUGUUUGUAUAUAUGUUUUUGCAUUAAAGAAAUGUACGAUGGAA